GGGGCGUGGAUCAUCGUGGACGGGGGGUACCCGAAGAUCCCGCUUCUGAUCCCACCGAUCAAGACGCACAACACCGUCGAGGAGCACGAUUGGAGCAGGCGGUUGGAGAGCAUGCGCAAGGACAUCGAGUGUUGCUUCGGCAGAGUCAAGGGGCGCUGGAGGCUUUUCGGUGGUGACAUGUUGUUCUCCACACGACAGAAGGUUGACAACGCGUGGUUCACCGCGUGCAUCCUCCACAACAUGCUCCACAGCUUCAACCGCCUCGACGAGAUGGAGGAGGACGGCGUUUGGGUGGGGUCGGCAGGGAGGUUGGGGGAGGCGACGGCAGUGGCGGCGGCCAUGGACGUGGACGAGGAAAGCGAGACUCCGACUCCCGGCCUCGAAGAGUUUCGCAGGGAGCUCAUCGCGCACUUCACGUGCGCGUGGGAGAAAAAGGAGAUUUUGUGGUUUAAGAGGGCGGAGGUUUAGAAUCUACGUGGUAAAUGUAGUCGGUAAGGUAUGGGGGGGGGGGUUGUCUUGUUUUUUUUGGCGUGUAUGGGCGAACCAUAUAGUGUAUCUCUGUGUUGUGUGUUUCUCUUUGUCGUGCGUCCGAUAGGGUGAGGGCGUGAUUGCGUCUGUCACUUAUAUUAGCGGCAUGUGGCGAUCUUCUUUUGGUGUUCAGACGACGUUCUUUGUCUGAGCUCCAGCGGUAUCAGGGUAAGGGUAAGCGUUAGGUCCCGCGUGGUGUUUGAUUUUGGGUUGGGACACCCACCACGCCACCUGCGUCCCUCAGCUUCGUUUGACGAUCAUUUUGCUGUCGCGCACAGCAGUCACGUAGUCGGACUUUUUUUUCCAACACAGCAGUUGGUUCUCAUGGGGGCAGGCUGCCGCGCGUUGCUUUUGUUCUUGUUCUAUGUCGAACUACAGCCCGAAAUCCGCGAAGGUUCCUGACUUGCUGUUUUUCGUUCAGGCAGUCGUUGCGCUGUGUUUUGUUCUCCAUGUAGAUUUAGGCGCUUUUAUUUUCAAACAGCUUUUCGUUCGGCUUUCUGUCCAUAAUUCUGCCCUUCAUGCAUUGGGACAUUUUGGGUAGUUUUCCGAGGUUUGCUUUUGAUCAUGCUGAUGAAACAGUGGAUUGAGCGGGGGAGCGGCGCUCCUCGGAUCGUUGUGCUCGCGGCACAAAGAUUGAACAAGUCGCUUUCAACCAAAUGGAGUCUGACACUGAAAUUUGAUAUUGGAACUGCCUGUGGCAUCCGGAAGCACAAACAUGAUGGCGUGGAAAGGGUACACCGUACGGUGCACGACGGCAAAGCUAUGUGCUUCACCGUAAAUUAUGACAUCGCUCGAGCGGCCGAUAUAUCGGCCCCACUACACGUGUUUUACGAGAAAUAUGUUUGUUUCUGCCAAUUUCACAGAUACAGCGCGAAUACCGCGUCGUUGCUACCUCACUUUGGUAGACGUCGAAGCUUCCCAGACCCAAAUCUUAGCAACCACAAUCACGUACGCGCCUGAUGUUCCCAAAUGUUAGACCCACGUAUGAACCACCAGACAAGACGCCUUCGCCCUUCGAAUCAGCAGUACAACACUUGCCAUUCCAGUAGUAAUUAUGCAAAUACUGCUGCGUAUGCACAACCUCGAAAAGGCCAUGCCCCCUCUCAAACAAGUGCAUCUCCCGGCCAGCUUUUACAUGUCACGAUGCACCCCCCUCUCACACUCGGCCUUUCGACUCGGUUGAUCCUCUCAAACCUUGGACCCAUGUUGUCUCCUCCCUGGCAGUUCCAUGCCCAUAAGCGGUACCCCCCACACAACAAGCUAGUGCCGUGUUUAUGCAUUCAGAUCAACCUUCGAAGAUAAACACAUGAGCGACCUGGUAAACGACGAUGAAAGUCCUCUAUUCUUAUAGACAUGGUGUCAUAAGAACCCCCC